CGGUGCCCUUGUUACAAUGGGGACCGUUGUUGAUCACUAGUUAGCCAACUUGUUGUCAAAAAACUGCGGAUUACUGUAACUGCCGGUUGAUAUAGGCGAUUUACUUGGACGCAUACAUGUUAAAGUCCAGUGGAGCAGGUCCAUCCACCUCCUCUCCUCAAUCCAUGAAGGAACCUAAGGACAACUUAUUGAUGAGUGGCCAAUUGAUCCUGGACCACAUCAAGCCAUGCUGGUACUGGGACAAGAAGGAUUUAGCCCACACACCCUCUCAGUCUGAGGGCCUGGAUCCUGGGACUGAAGCCCGCUAUCGCAGAGAGGGCGCCCGCUUCAUAUUUGACGUGGGGACCCGACUUGGACUACAUUAUGACACGCUGGCUACUGGCAUCAUUUAUUUCCACCGCUUCUACAUGUUUCACUCCUUCAAGCAGUUUCCUAGAUAUGUGACAGGUGCAUGCUGUCUUUUUCUGGCUGGCAAAGUUGAGGAAACUCCGAAGAAGUGCAAAGACAUCAUUAAAACGGCCCGCAGCCUCCUGAACGAUGUGCAGUUUGCUCAGUUUGGGGAUGAUCCGAAGGAGGAGGUGAUGGUGUUGGAGAGAAUCCUGCUGCAGACCAUCAAAUUCGACCUUCAGGUGGAGCAUCCCUACAUGUUCCUCCUUCGCUAUGUCAAGCAGCUCAAAGGAGAGAAGAAUAAAGUGUGCAAAGUGCUGCAGAUGGCCUGGACCUUUGUCAAUGACAGCCUGUGCACCAUGCUGUCUCUGCAGUGGGAGCCAGAGAUCAUCGCCGUGGCCGUCAUGUACCUCGCAGGCCGCCUGUGCAAGUUCGACAUCCAGGAGUGGACCGCCAAGCAGUCGUCCCGCCGCUGGUGGGAGCAGUUUGUGCAGGACGUCCCGGUGGAGCUGCUGGAAGAUAUCUGCCAUCAGAUCCUGGACUUGUACUCCCAGGGGAACAAACCCAUCCCGCAGCAGAUUCAGGAGAAGGAGCGAGCGCCGCCUCUGCCCACCCCGGCGCCGCCGGCCCCGCAGGGAGCGCCCCCGCCCGCCACCCCUCCUCCACCACCACCAAAGAAGACGUCCCCUCAGGGCGGCAGCCCUGCCCGCCAACUGAAACGCUCACACACUUCCCCAAAGGAUGAACCAAAGGCUCCGGAACAAGUUGCAUCAAAGAUUCCUCGCCUGGAGAGCCCCAUGCCUCCCCUGCCGACGUCUCAGCCCCCUCCAGCUCCACCCGCCGAGGCGGAACCUGGCAGCGAAGCCGCCCCGCCGCCGCCACACGCUCCUCCCCCCCACCAGCCGCCCCCGCUGCCCCACCGCCCCCCUCCGCCGCCGCCCUCCAACUACCUCAUGUCCACCACCAGCUCCUACAUGUCCGGGGAGGGCUACCAGAGCCUGCAGUCCAUGAUGAAGACGGAGGGCCCCGCCUACGCGCCCAUGCCGCCCAGCUACGCCCCCCCGAUCCCGCCGUACCACCCGCACGUCUACCCGCCGCCCGCGGCGCCGCCCCCGGGCCCGCCCCCUCCCCCCACCAGCUACCCGCCGCCCAACAUGCCGCCAUCCUACCCGCCUCCCGGCUACAACAGCUACCCCCCGCCUCCGCCGCCGCGCAUGCCGCCGGGCCACGUGCCCCCGCCGGGGAUCGGGCUCCCCCCCGCCGGCUACCCCCCUCCGCCGCCGGUGCCCCCGGGGCAGUCGCAGGUACCCCUCCCCCCUCCGCCCGGCAUGCCCCUGAACCGCGGCGGGUGGAUGAGAUGAGAGCGCCGCGGCGGGCCACGAACUCCAGCCUGGGCGGAGUCGAAUCGAGGAUGAGGGUGGGGAUGAGGGGGCGGGGCAGGCAAACGCUCUCUGGAGCGAGGAGAGAAGAGCCGCGUCCCCCCCCCCCCCCCCCCACCCAGAACAAUCCCACCAACAGCUGCUGAGGACACAGCGAGGUCUGGACAGCUUUGUUGUAAGAACCAGAGUGUCUUCAGUGUCCGCUCCACACAGCUUGCAACAAAUCCUGUCCAGUCUCUGAUUUUGUUCAGGAUAAAUCGGCGUCCUGGGUUUUUUUUUUUUUUCUAGUUAAUGUCUGACGUGUUCCGUCACUGUGAGGCAAAGGAAAUGUUUCGUCUUCACUUCGCACCGAGUGGAUCAAACACAAAGUCUGAUUAUUCUCUUUCAUAUUCCGCCGCCCUCAUCUUGUGUUUUUGCUUUUCCUUCAUCUCCAGAAGCCCCACAGCCGUUUUUUUUUUUUUCUUCUUCUUCUUUACAUUCCCACAGUUUUGUGGAGAACAACAGAACUGAGUAAAAAUGCUGAGAUGGCAGAACAUGCAGUUAAAAGGACCGUCACAUUAAAAAGAAACUU